AGUAAUAUUUUAACGAAUAUCAAGAUUUUGAUUAAGAUGUAUGGUAGGCACAAGCGAUAUUUCCAGCAGUACGACAACUGCCCGAUCAAUGUCGCCACCCGCCUGCCUCGCCAGUCUACAAAAGUCCUCAAUGACGGAACGAGAGCAGAGCCAACAGAUGAAAUGAGACUUUUGAUAUCAAUCCUGGGUUUAUCCUUGGGGUUGGUGGUAGAAGUGUGUACAGAUGCCAGCCAACAUACUGAAAGAAUUAGUCACAACCCUCACGUUCCUGAUCAAAAAACAAAUCCCCAUCCACAUUAUGGACCUACCCCCUCCCAGGAGAGUGAUAUCCAUUUUCAUAGCUCCAUUACUGAGGACCCUGUUUGUGACCAGUCAGAUGAGGCUUGUAGCAUACUAGAAAAAUCCAGGCAGUCUGGUGUUGCUGCUGACCAGGAAGGAGUCACCAGGACUAAGAAUCGGGUGCCAUUAACAGAAUUAGGAAGGAUGCUUGCUGGAAAUACUUCACCUGAAACAUAUGAUCUUGAAGGUAUAAAUCGGAAAGAAUCAUUAAUACAUGCUGAGAGUAUUGAGGAAGACUACAUGAACAACAAAUGGAAGGAGGUUGGGUGGACUGCCAAGGAAGGCAGGGACGCUGAAAGUGCUGUCAAGAUCCUCAAACAAUCAGGAGACUUUGAAGAGUUCAUUGAAAAUGGUCCCAUUGUCAUCGUGUACUUCUAUAAAGAUGGUGGAUCUGAGGCUUUGUCAAGAUUCUUGUCAGAGUAUAGAAAGUCAGCCCAACACCUGAUGCAGUACCAUGUGCUGCUUGCUAUGGUGGACUGUGCCCAGUACAGUGUGGCUGCUUACUGUAUGCCAGAUAAAGUCAACCGGUUUGCAUAUGGUUUCCGGGAUGGUCAGGAGAAGAUUGCUUUCCCCCUGGAUACUUUGUUCAAUAACAAUGCCAUUGUAGCUUCUGCCUUACACUUGGCCCUUAUCAAUGCUGUGCCCAUCCUGCAGACGGCAGGAGAAAGGAGGGACCUUGAGGCUAGGUGCCGUGGCCGCUGUGAUAUUAUAUUCUCCUUCCUUCACACCCUAGGCACUUACGAACACAGGAUGUUCUUGGAGAUGGCCUAUGCCCACCAGGAUAUCUUUGUUUUUGCCAUUACUACCUACACUGCCGGCACCCUUGGUCUCUCCAAUCCACACUCAAGUGAACAAGAUGACCAAGAAAACACCCUGUGGGUUGUACACUGUGCCGAUAAGGCAGCAGAUAAGGAUUGUGUGGUGAGCCAUUACCGCCGCAAGAUGGUCUUGUCACAGCUGCUACAUUUCAUCCGUGCUCUCCAGCUUCCCAUUUGGCAUGAACUGGCAGUGUCACCAAUUACUUCAGAAGUUGUGACUCCAUAUGAUGAGACAGGUUUACCAUGGGUGCUGCUGUUAUAUGAUACCUCUUCUCAAAGCCGUGUCAGAAGCCUUGCACCCCAUCUGGCCCAGUUGCUUCAUGGAUCCAUUGCCACUAUUACUGUGAACUUAGAUUUAGUGAGUGAUGCUGCCCUCAGCAAGCUGCAUCUGAACCGAAACACCAUCACUGCUCCUGCACUUGCCUUCCUCCAGCCUGGACAGGAAAGUGCAGCGUUGCUGAAUGACUACGAUGAUGCACUAGAGUGGGUAAACGAACAGUUGACAGCAAUGUUACAGCAGGUACCACUCACUAAAGAGGAGCAAGGUUAUCUGCCUGUCCAAGCACAGGAGGAGCUACAGCAAGAUGAUGAGGUGGUGCUGGACAUGGUGAAAGAGGAUACCUUUUCCAGUGUUGUUCCCCUGGCAGGACCUGGACCCUACUCUGCUGCCCUCAGUACCAACACCCUCUCUGUCAUUGCCUUCUAUCUUCAUUGGGACCCUGUCAGCAAUGCUCUUCUGCAACACAUGAGUGCCAUUACCCCAAAACUUCGCGAUUAUGGCAGUCAUUCCUCCUUUCAUCGAAUUGAUUGCUUCGACUGGCCAAAUAUCUGUGAUUCUGCAGGAAUUACUACCUAUCCUGUUCUUCGUCUCCAUCCUAAAGGAAGACGAAAUAUUACUUAUGAGGGGCCAAUUAAUGGAGAUUAUAUUUUAAAGACGGUAUUGCUGUCUGAGAGAAGUACUCCAGUGGAACUGAAUAGUAUUGAGGAGCUGGAGGGGCUACUGGCCCUAGAUGAGGAUCUGCAUCCAGCCUGCAAAACUACCUCCUCUGCUGCUGUUGGGAUUUUCCCGACAGCUAAAGAUGCAAUGGCAUUUAAUGAGGCUUCUCGUUUGUUGGAAGGCAGCCAUCUUUUGGGGAGAAUUAUAUCAAAGCAGGCUGUUGACUCUAUGUGUACAACAAGCCAAGGGUGUGUGGUGGUAUCCAAGCCUACUGACAAAUUUCAGCCCAGACGAGUACUCAGUAAGGAGGUUGACCAGCCAGAAGUUAUAACCAACUUCAUACGUCAUGCUUCACUCCCUGUGUUGGCUCCACUGGAUCCGGAGCGAUUCUCAGCUUUACAAGCAGGAGUCAUAGAAGAUAAGGAGGAGCACUCUGCUGCUUCUGACCAGCACCUCAUAAUACUCUUCCUACCAGCCAAUUCCUCGUUAAGUCCAAAUGGGGUUGAAGUAGAUUCAAGAAGAUAUACUUCUCAACAAGCUCAAGAAGGCAGGAAAAAGAAUAAUGUAGUUACAAAUGUUCCUCAAUCAAACACCUAUGAUGAUAUAUGGACUAUGAUUGGUCAUUUAGGAGCACAGUUAUCAGAACCUGGAUUUAUAUUUUCCUGGUUGUUAUGUGAUGAACCCCUGGCAGAUGAAAUUCUCCCUGUCUAUGGACUAACCCCUGAUGUGAGGUCUCUUGUGGGUGUGAAUCAGAAAAAGGGCACAGUUUACAUCUUUCCAGACUUUGCAGAUGUUGACAUCUCCGAAUCAACCAUCAGAGAUUGGCUCAGAAAACUUAGGGCUGGACACCUUUCACCUUCUAAUGAACUACCAAAGCGAGAGUGGAAACCUCGCCUUCCCGGGUUUGAUUACCUUAAGUUUAUGCUCGAGGACCAGGACCGUGAUUCAGAAGACCAUCUUAUACUUGAGAUGGAGGCUGACCUUAAUGCACACCACCACCAAGGUGAAAGCCAGACACAUGUUCAUGAUGAACUUUGAAGAACAUUAAUCAACCUGGAACUUCACAGACUCUUUGUCACCUUACCUUCUCGGCUUGCCACAAUCAUAAAACAUGUAUGAUCUUAUGAUCUAUCUUGGCAAAAUGUUUACUUUUCCAAUAUCUAAUACGAUUUUAAGUGUGCAAUCUGUGAAGAAAAUAUUUUCAUGGUUUACCACACAAGAUUUUAAGUUUAUCUACUGUGAGGAAAACAUUUUCAUGGUUUACUAUGAAAAAAGAUUUUAUGAUCAACCACAAGAUAAAAGAUUUGGGUGAUGUACCAGGACAAUAAUAAUUCAUGUUCGACUACUGUAACUAAAUUUCCAUUAUUUACCACCACAGUGCCGUCACAACACACUGGUAUAUUGUUCACAAUUCUCCCUCCGAAAAAGUUUGUCAUCACAGUUUUCUGGACUUAUUGCUUCUUCAACCUUGAGCUGUGUGUCUCUUGUGGUGUGGACAUCUGCCAGCUCCAGGUAUGGGCACACUACUGAGUAGCACCCUCUGUAUGAACAUCUCGGAGGGCACCAUUCAGUCGAGUGUCCAUACGAAAGCUGGCGGAUGUCUGCCCCACAAGGGGCCACAGCAAAGAGGAUAAUUAGGUAUAAUAUUUACAUUAACCAACUUUACUGCUGUUCAACUUCAUACAGCAGAGUGUACUUAUUACAAUUAAUUUUUGAGGGAUGGAAUAUAUAUUUUUGUUCAAUCCAGAAUGCAACGUCUAGCUUUAUACUUGGGUAUGUUAAUGCCUAGCAAUAACUCGCCAGGCCAACAUACAGGCAAUUAAAACAUCUAAUAAUUACUUAAUACGUAAUAUUUGGAGGACACGUCGUUGUCUGGCUACCACCGAUCACACCAACGGUCGUGAGCCCCAGUGAGCUAUCCUGGGAUACUCCCUGUAAGUUAUAUGUCCACAGAGUGUAUUGUAAUGUGUAUGUUGGGGAUAAUUAGUUAGAAAUAAUUAUCCCAUGUUGGGUAGUGGAUCCAUGUAUCUACUGGUUUCUGUAUUAACCUGUAUGUUGUGAUUGCAUCUCAUAUGCACUACCACAGUCAGUAAGUUGUGUAAAAUACCUUGUAAUGUGUGAGAAGUAAAGUUGUCCACUUGGGACUAGGAGUAAAGUCUUGUAACUGUACUGUAAUGCCACGUACCACCAGUAGGUGUGAGAAGUAAAGUAAUCUACAAGGAGUGCCAUAUACU